AUGGCUGCCAUAUCUUAUCAGCAAAGCUCAGCUACCGUACAAUUGGAAGGUGGUAAAACGUACAUCGAUAAGGACGUACUUCCACAACCCGGAGAUGCCAUCUUGGAUUUAGGCUGUGGUACUGGUGAGCUAUCUACCUAUCUUGCUGAGCUGGUGGGACCACAUGGAUACGUUAUUGGUGUCGAUCCUGAUUCCAAUCGACUGAAUUUGGCCAAGGAAACUCAUCGUCAUGUGAAGAACCUAUUCUUUGUGGAAGGGAACUCUGAUGAUUUUGAAGGCAUCGGAUCUGAAAAGUACGACCUGAUUUUCUCCAAUUGUGUGUUUCACUGGAUACCAGACAAGGACAGAGCAUUCAGGAACAUGUUUAACAGUUUAAAAGUUGGUGGGAAAAUUGCCAUACAUUACAUGGACGCCCAACUUCCCUUUAUAACUACCUCAUUUGAAGUGUUGAACCCGGAGACAGCAGAGAGAUUCAACAAAAUGUUUGACUUCGAGAUCAGAGAUAAUAUAGAUCGCAUGUGUCGUUCAGCAGGAUUCAACGUGGUGAGCAGCUAUUACGCCUAUGAUAAAACGGUUGUUUAUCCUAGCGUGGAAAGCCUUCUUCAGUGGUUGGUCGGCACAUCCCAUGGAGUAUUCGAUCUACAGCUUGUAACCCAAGAAAGAAUUCAGCAACUGUUGGAAAAGCUCGGAAACCCGCCGUUCGACUUCACUGCUAGUAGCAGGGUGAGCAAACUUUUCGCAGUGAAGCCGGAAUACCGGACACAGUGA